AUGGGCUCAAAUUUUGAUAACGAGUUGGACUAUGUUCGCAUUUUAGUAUUUCCCGGUGCACCCGCUGCUGGGCAGUCGGACUGUAUAGUUAGGCUACAAUGUUGUGGGAUCGUAUCUUUCAAAGAAGCCAUUUUUUCAUCAAAUAUAGCACAAACCGAAGCACCGGGAAUCCCAAACACAAGUAAUGACAAACAUAAAAAUAAAGCAACCUAUCCUGAAUUUCCGGAAAGUUAA